AUGGCCUACACAACCGCAACCUCACCUCCGGCUCUGGAUGCCGAGACCCAAGCCAGCUUAAAACUUGCAACUUCUCUCCCUCGAACUUCCUCACUACAUCAUGCCGUUACCUCCCUACCUCCCGGCUCAUUCCUUUCAUCGGGACCCUCCUUUACAACCUCACCUAUCUCUAUAUCCCCCUCAACCUACCCUGUAUCAGGCACGCCGAAUACUUUCACACCCGCCGGUACCCCUCUACAACCUCCCAGCGAGGGACCACGCGGUCGAAAUAAUCUCCUUACAAACCCCGUCCCUCUCGAACUCGGCGAGUCUAUGAUGGCGGUCCCCGAAAUUCCUCAAACCAAUGGGGUGACGGAUCCCGGUGCUACUAGCUCAAAGGCGCCGGGUUUGAUGCGUCGAAUCUCGCGCGGUGCUGCCAACAAAUUGACACGAAGGAGACAAUCCGCAUCCCAGAAUGACAAACGAGAUCGAAGCUCCGGCCCUGUCAUUAUGCGCCGACGGAGUGACAGCAAAACCAGCACCCAGCCGUCGUCUGCCCGAGACACCGCCUUGGACUCGAGCAACGAGGACGACACCAAUGAGGCCUUGGAUGGCCUGGGUGCGUGGGCUGGUUCUGAGCCUUCUAGUCUUCGUAGCGAAAGUCGCAUGAUGUCGGCCCGUGAAGUUGUUAGUACUGCGGCGGUCGCUAUCGCUCCAAAGGUGGACUCCGCUGUGCAGCGGGGAACAGUCUUGACCAAGGUGACUAAGAAACGCCGCAAACAAGUCCGUUUCUUCUUGGACCUAGACGCCGCCAAGGUUUUCUGGGAUCUCUCCAAUCCCGCCAAACGGUUCUAUAUCGACGAUAUCAAAGAAAUUCGAGUCGGCGCCGACGCUCGUAACUACCGUGAAGAGCACCAAAUUCCCGAGGAUGCCGAGAGUCGGUGGUUUACCAUUGUCAUUGCAGACUCCGAGCGUUUCAAGGGCCGUGCCGUCAAGACGCUCCACUUGAUUGCCCCCAGUGACCGCAUUCUUGAUCUAUGGACCACAACUCUCGAAAAUAUUUCACGGUAUCGCAUUGGCCUCAUGGCUGGCUUGGCAAGUUCCAGCCAGAGUGAUGCAGUUCUGCAAGCUCAUUGGCAGCGUGAGAUGUCUCGGCUGUUCCCGCAGGGCCUCCGCCCAGGUGAGGAACAAAGCCUCGACUUCGGUGCUGUUGAGAGCGUGUGCCGCAGCCUACACAUCAACUGCUCCAAGAACAUGCUCCGAGCCCAAUUUACCAAAGCCGACGCUGCGCGGAAUGGUCAGUUGAAUUUUUCCGAGUUCAAGGACUUCUUGGCCCGUCUCAAGGAACGGAAGGAUGUAAAAGAGAUUUAUAAAACUCGUGCGGAAGACUCCAAGAUGGGGUUGACCCAGGACGAGUUCUUGGACUUUCUUCGCCAUGUCCAGAAGGAAGAUGUUGAUGCCAAUCGCGCUCAGUGGGUUGGUUUGUUUGAGAAAUUUGUUAAGAGAUCGAAGCCUCGUUCUAUUUCUGGCCGGUCUGAUACGUCGGAUGCCUCCCCUCCAUCUCGGAUGAGCCUCGAUACUUUCUCUGCCUUCCUUGCCUCCCCUAGCAAUGGAAUCUACGCAUCCAAGGCCCCUCAGUCAAGAUUCGAUCGGCCUUUGAAUGAGUACUUUAUCUCCAGUUCCCACAACACCUACCUUCUGGGUCGCCAAGUCGCUGGCGCUUCUAGCACGGAAGCCUACAUCAGUGCUCUUCAGCAAGGGUGCCGUUGUGUGGAGAUCGACUGCUGGGAUGGUGCUGAUGGGCGUCCAAUUGUUUCCCACGGACGCACCAUGACUACCAGUGUCCUUUUUGCCGAUUGCAUUACGGUCAUCAAUCGUUAUGCAUUCAUUUCAUGCGAUUUCCCCCUCAUCCUCUCUCUUGAGGUGCACUGCAACGCCGAGCAACAGCUGGCGAUGGUUAAAAUCAUGAAGGACACAUUCAAGGAUCAACUUAUCCUAGAGCCCUUGAUGACAAACUGCUUUAUUCUUCCCUCUCCGGAGGAGCUCAAGGGCCGCAUUUUGGUCAAGGUCAAGACAUGCGACGAGACUCAGUUCGAUGCUCGCACCGAUACCAUGAGUUCCGUUGGUACGCAUGGACGAAAGCGAAGUGCCAGCUCGCCUUUCGUUCGCCCAACCCCUCCUCUCGAGAUUUCUCCCAGCUCCAUUCCACUCCCAGCGCUCUCAAGCCCGCCUACGAUUGGUUCCGUCGAUGGCAUCGGCCCUCUGAUCUCCCAGGAUCGACGUUCCCUCACCGCAACCAGCAUGAGUAGUGCCACCGAAGAUAGCGACGGCGCAUUGGUGUCUAUUCACAAUGAGAAGAAGAAGCGUCGCCGCCAGAAGAGCAAAAUCACCAAGCCUCUCUCGGAUCUGGGCAUUUAUACACGCGGCUACAAGUGGCACAGCUUUUCCUCCCCUGAGAGCCGAAAAUACAACCAUGUCUACUCCUUCGCUGAGCGAUCCUUUGAGAGCAUUUGCCAAAAUCAUGACAACAAGAUCUCACUUGAAUCACAUAACCGAAAAUAUCUCACCCGCGUGUAUCCCUCGGGCUUCCGUCUCCGCUCGUCUAACUUCGACCCGAACAAAUUCUGGCGACGCGGCGUCCAGAUGGCGGCACUCAACUGGCAGACUUACGAUAUCGGCAUGCAGAUGAAUCAAGCCAUGUUCGCGGCUGGAUCCGACCGUACCGGUUAUGUUCUCAAGCCUGAGAGCCUACGCCUUCCAGUUCCUGACCAUGAGGGACCGAAGCGAAAGAUGGAACGCAGACUCAUUCGAUUCUCAGUUGACGUGAUCUCGGCGCAGCAGCUUCCCCGGCCUCGCAGCAUUGGGCCCGAAGACAAUAUCAACCCGUAUGUCGAAAUUGAGAUGUUCAGCGCUGAUGACCGUGGCCAGAGCUUGGUUUUCGGCGAAGGCGGCAUGGAUGCCUCUGCACGCAACGGCAUGUCAGGUAUUGGCUACCCGCAUCGUCGUCGCACCAAGAUCGAACAGAGCAACGGAUACAGCCCUGUCUUCAACGAUCGGUUCAAGCUUUCUCUGGAGACGAAGUACCCUGACCUGGUUUUUGUGCGCUGGACGGUCUGGAGUUCCAUGGACGGCCGCAGUGCUGGAAAUAACAACAGCGUGCAGCUGGCUACCUUUACUGCCAAGCUCACCAGCCUGUCCCAAGGUUAUCGCUAUCUGCCUCUGUAUGAUGGAAGCGGUGACCAAUAUCUCUUCUCGACCCUAUUUUGCCGCAUCUCAAAGGAGGACCCCAUCCCCGUCCAGCGUUUGGACCUUGAGGAGCUUCGUGCUGAGCGCAUGGGCAUUCUGCGCCAGAUCGGUCAAACUGUAUUCAAACGUUCAUCCUCCACGGAUCGCGAGAAGGAUCAGACUCAAGAACGGAGUGAGCCUGUGAGCCCCGAUGAUAAGGAUAGCUCGCCGAAUCUCACUCCGACUGUGUCCACCACCUCUACUUCAUCAUUUGUGCCAUGA